UCUCCGUCUUCGUCUUCUCCUCCUCCUCUCCUCUUCUCUCCGUUCUCUCUCUCUCUCCUCCGCCGCUUCUCUCUCUCUCGCUCGCUCUCGUGCGCGCGCGGCGAAUUCGCCGAGACGCGCAGGGAAUUUUAUUUGGAGAAAUCCCCUUUUUGUAUCCGUUUCUCCGGAUCCACAGCCCCGCCCUGUUAAUCCCGCAGAUUUCUUUCUUCGAUUUGUUUAUAUUCGUUUUUUUUUUCUCUCUUUCCCCUUCUCGCUGUUUGGCUUUUUAUUCGUUGGAUUGCGCGGGGGAGAGUUCGGUCGCCCGGAUUUCUUGGUGGUUUGCCUGGAUCUGGCGUGCUAGAGGCUCCCGCGCCCGAAUCCCGAUUCGAUUCGCCCUAGGCGCGGCGCGGCGCGGCGCUGCCUUGCCUCGGCGGGUUUGGAUCUCGCGGGGUUGGAGGGGGAGAAAAAGUGGGGCGGCAGAUUGGGUGAUAGAAUCGGAGCAGCAAGGGGAUGGAUCAUAUAGUUGGGGGCAAGUUCAAGCUCGGCAAGAAGAUCGGGAGUGGAUCGUUCGGGGAGCUCUUCGUCGCUGUUAAUGUGCAGACUGGAGAGGAAGCCGCCGUCAAAUUGGAAAAUGUUAAGACGAAGCACCCACAGCUUCAUUACGAGUCGAAGCUGUACAUGCUUCUGCAGGGAGGAACUGGUAUCCCACACUUGAAGUGGUUUGGCGUGGAGGGAGAAUACAAUGUGAUGGUGAUCGAUCUUCUCGGCCCAAGCCUUGAGGACCUAUUCAACUAUUGCAGUAGGAAAUUCUCGUUGAAGACUGUCCUCAUGCUUGCUGAUCAGAUGAUUAAUCGUGUUGAAUACAUGCAUCAGAAGGGAUUUCUUCACCGUGAUAUCAAGCCUGAUAAUUUCCUUAUGGGGCUUGGUAGGAAAGCCAAUCAGGUAUAUAUAAUAGAUUAUGGGCUUGCGAAGAAGUAUAGGGACCUUCAGACUCACAAGCACAUCCCAUACAGAGAGAACAAGAAUCUCACUGGAACAGCACGAUAUGCAAGUGUCAAUACCCACCUUGGUGUUGAGCAAAGCAGAAGAGAUGAUUUAGAAUCUCUUGGCUAUGUCCUUAUGUACUUCCUUAGAGGCAGUCUACCGUGGCAGGGGCUGAAAGCGGGCACUAAGAAGCAGAAAUAUGACAAAAUCAGCGAGAAAAAGAUGCUUACUCCUGUGGAGGUUCUUUGCAAAUCCUACCCAUGUGAAUUCAUUUCUUACUUCCACUACUGCCGUUCAUUGCGGUUUGAAGACAAGCCUGAUUAUUCUUACUUAAAGAGGCUAUUCCGUGAUCUCUUUAUCCGGGAAGGAUAUCAAUUUGACUAUGUAUUUGACUGGACCAUUUUGAAAUAUCCCCAGAUAGGCUCCAAACCACUGAUGAGGCCAAGUGAAAGAACUAGUGGAGCAGCAGGACCUUCUAUGGAGAAGAUGGAGAAGGCCCCAGGUGAAGCAUCCAGCAGAAGGAAUCCUACUGGUUCUUUGAAUCAGAGUGACAGUUAUGCACAACGGCCAUCGAUGUCACUAAAGGAAAUCAUGCAUAGCACAGACCGUUCUGGCGAAAGGACCGUGGAAAGGCCCCGCACAUCCUCUCGUACAGGCAGCGCAUCAAGGAGAGCGAUUGCAUCAAGCAGCAGGCCAGGUUCAUCGGCGGAGCCGAUGGAGCAGCAGUACAGCCGGACAAGCAGGUUGUUCUCAAGCAACAACAGUGGAAGCCGCCCUUCCAGCACGCAGAGGGUUAACCCAUCGGUUGGAGAGUCAAGGGCCACUUCUCUCUCACGAGCGGCCGUCGCGAGAGGGUCCCGCGACGAGCCUCUCCACCGCAGCCUGGAGCUCCUGUCCCUUGGAGGUGGCAAGAGGAAAUGAAAUGAUGGAGAAGAGAAGAAGAGGAAGGAACUCCCCAAGAACGAAGAAGAAAGAACGCUGUUUGCGACUCUGUAAAUGACAGGAUUAUCGCCUAUUUGUCAACAGUUCCCCAGGAGCAUCCCCAUAAUUUCAUGGUGCUUCCGGCCUGUUGUAUCAUUGCUUCAUAGAUAGCAAUAAUUUGAUUUUGUUGUGUGUGUUGUUCGCUGUUGCGUUAGGGCCAAGUCCUAGCUUUGUGAUGGAUUAAUUUAGAGGUGGUCAAGAUUCACCAUAUUUAUGUUUCUUUACCUUACCUUACCCCCCCUUGGACUUGGCAACUUUUCCUGAGAGACAAACUACCUACCUCGUGUAUCUCUUCCGCUUUGUUCAACUCUGGAUUUGGUUAUUCAACACAAGUUGAU